AUGACCCAGGCAAUCGUCCAUCUCCUCUCCAGCCUCGACUUUGGAGAGGUCGGCAGCCUUCUUGGCUCUAGUGUUGGUGGCCUUGAUUCCAUCAUCAGGAAACUCAAGCACGCCGAACCCUCCCCCCAAAACGUUUUCUCCCUUACUCAUCCCACUCUCCUCGGUCUUCUUAGCGGCCUUGAUCUCUCCACUGUUCCGAGCCUUGUCGGCAACGUAGUCGCUAUGCCUCCCUCCGUCUCCAAGCUCAAGUCAAAGAUUCCCAAUAUCACUGGUGCUGACUUUAUUGCUGUCAAGACUGAGAAAAAGGCUUCCGUCCGUCUGAUUAAGGUUGACGGCACUGCCAUCGACUCCGUCCCCUCCUGCACCAAGGGUGCUCUCUCUUUGUAA